GGCACGGGCAAAGGCUUCUUGGUUGACGUUGGUUCUUUUUUGAUUGAUCUUCAAUUAAAUCCCUCCACGUCUUUGCAACCUUUCUUGACGCCUCUGGCAUAGAGUAACAGAUUAACAAGAAGCAAAAAUCCCAUCUGUGCCAUUUAAUUGCCAUGAGACCAUGUUCUUUUCCCCUGUGCAGGGCCUCAGUUUCCUAACCUGCAUUGUAGGGGAGAGUUAGACUAGAAAGACCAUUCCAACUCAAAAUUCCAUUAGCCAACUGUUUGCCAUCCAUCCACACAUAUCGUCAGCCCAUGAAGGGGGAGAACCGGGCCAGUGGUAACCAUCCCCCCCAAAUUACCAGCUCAUUUUCAUUAUGUUGCCACACAAAGCCUGUUUCACUUUUGUCUUUCUAUUUCCUGGGCCCAGCAUAAGGACUGGCAUUUUGAAGCAUCAGUAAGCUCAGCUCAUUCUGAACUUUAAUACUUUACUAUUUCUGACAUGGACUCAGGAGCAGAAGAGGCAAGAUGAAUGUUGGAGGAAUGGACUCAGAGAAGAGAUUGGAAAGGUUUAAAACUAUUUGUGGCUGGUGAAUGCUGUGAUGGGGAGACACUGGAAUGUUCUAAAAAUAUUUUCAGGGUACCUCUCUUGGAUCACUGGUGGCAAACAGCAUGAGAACUAUUUUGAAACCAUCCUGAGAAUCUGGUAGAAAAAGGAACCUGAUCUCUCAUCCAGACUUUCUUCAGCAUCAAGCAUAUGAAUCAAUGGAGAGAAAGUCUUCUCUUCCCCCAAGAGUAAUUCUCAAAUCUUGUUCUGAAAUAAUGCCACCUUUGGCCCAAGUCCCUGAAAACUGAGGGGAUUUGUCUUUCCUGCCAAACCUUCUCCUUGAACAGUCACUUGCCCCUGAGGCUCCGAGGAUGAAAAGGAGGCGUGAGGAGGAAGAUUUCUUGGAGAUUCCUUCUGGGGAAUUCAGGCCUCCUUCCCAAGGCAGAUUUUCCGGGUGUCUGAGGUCAGCAGGGAGGAGACAAUUGGAAGCAGCCAGACCUCCUGCCAGGAGGUGGUACUCCUGGAUCUGGCUCCACCCUCUCACCACAUGGGUUUAAGAAGGUGCUGAGAGCUUGGAGAAUCAUGCAGAACAGGAUGACGGGACCCCGAGAGCUAGUGUUGGUGCGAGGAAUGGGCUUUGUGCCAGGCAGGCGUUCUCAGAUAUUCAUCUUCUCAGUGCUCUGGUCUGAUGGCAGUGACAACUUCAUCUAUAGGACCUUCCAGGAGUUCCGUCAAUUCCAUAAAAGACUGAAGGAUGCCUUUCCCUUGGAGGCAGGUUUGCUGAAGAGUUCUGAUUGUGUCCUCCCCAAGUUUCCAGAUGCCUUCAUACUUCUCCCCAGUCGAAGGACACGAAGGGGCCUGGCCCGGUUAAAGAUGCUGGAAGCCUAUUCUCAGGAACUUCUGGGGGCCCCAGAGACAGUAUCUCGAAGUGAGGUGGUCACUGGCUUUUUCCAGACUCAGCCUGGGGACUUGGAGCCUGUCCUGCCCCAGCACAGCAUGGUGAUCAUACCUUCCUCCUGGGAGAGGCCAGAACAGAGUCCAAGGAAGCCCCCUGCCCUAGGACCAGACAUCUACACCCUGGAGACCCAGACUUUCCGGUGCCUGGAUAGCUUCAGUACACAGGACACCAGGGGCAGGCCUUUUAAGGUUGGAGCUGGAGAAGAGCUGGAUGUGUUCCUAAGAAAGCCCACAGGCUGGUGGCUGGUAGAGAACGGGGACAAGCAGACAGCCUGGUUUCCUGCACCCUAUCUCGAGGCGGUAACCCCAAAAGGGGGAUGUGAGGCGACGCCUGCGAUACCCGGCAGUGGGGUACUGUUUUGGAGCGCGGGAGCUUACCAAGGCAGCCGAGAGGACGAGCUGUCUGUGCCUGCGGGGGCCCGGGUGACCGUGCUAGAGGCGUCGGAGUGCGGCUGGUGGCGGUGCAGGUACCGUGACCGCGACGGCCUCUUGCCAGCCGUGCUACUGCAUCGCUGCCCGGACCCCGGGAGCGCCGGCGGGCUGGACGUGCUCCUGGGCGCGGGCCGGGGCCCGCUGGGGCUUGGCCUGGAGCCUGAGCCCGGACCACGUGGCUACGGCGAAGCCAUGCCUUGCGGGAGCAGGGCUAGGGAGGGACGCCUCCCCGCGUUUACUCGGCCCGCUGAGCCCCCCAGGCCUUCCAGCCCGAGCUCAAGCUCAGAGUCAGAUUGGGGCAGCGACGACGGGGGCAGCGGAGCCACGCCGGCCUCGGGAUCCUUACCUGCCGUGCCCACCAGGCCCGAGCCGGAGGACAUCCUGCGGAGAUGCUGCUCUGUGACUCGAAGAGCUCAUCUCCGCCUGGGUGCCCCGAGGCCUCCAGCACCUACUCGGACUGCGCCCCACCCUCCCCCCACCCGCUCCUAGACUGGCCGUCUCCCCAACCCCCCUCCCCUUACCCCCACGUUGAGUUCUGAAGGCCCUUUCAUUUCAUUUUGUAUUAGAGUGCUUGAAUGGCUUUAUUUUUUGUACGUGUAUGAAUAAAGGAACCUCUCCAGGAGUUGGGCCAACAGAA